GGGUCAUUCUAUUGCAGACCAACCUGUACACUACACUGUGUGUCGUUCCCUGUUACAUUUUCUGUCUUGCUCUUGCUCCGUGGGUGUAGUUACAUCCCUUCGCUAGGGGCACGCUUUCGUGUCUCCGACGUAGCGCGGCGUAGUUACAGUGUAGUUUACCUUCACUUACAGACACGACAAAGACUUUUUCAGAUUUACGAAGAAAAAAGCAUUUAUUUGUGAUACUUUUACUUACUAUUACCAUCGAUUUUCUGACUCGCACCAAUAGGAUCGAGGCGAACUCCUGGCUCCAUUAUGUACCACUAGUGGGACCGCGGCUGCAAAAAGGCAUAUCUUUUUGGUCCUCGCGGCGAGUGUGCUUUCGCGUUGUUGUCUUGUCAACGCCCAGAUACGCAUUACCCAAAACCGAAAAAAAACUUGACGGCUCAAAAAGAUCAAGAUGGCCCUUCCCCCGGAGGCUCUGUUUCCGGUUUUUGACGACCGCGCAGAGAGUGCCGAAGAUCGAUUUGUUAUGCUGCAUUACCUGGUGGAUUCCAGUGUACGCCUGCGCCGACCACCAGUGGAUGAGAACGGCCGUCUUAUGCACGUGACAUGAAAUUGGCCGGAGCCCGCAGAAAGAAUGAUCUCUCAGUUCAGUUAUGAUAGCGUAGGCGAGGACGAAGACAUCAGUAGUGGGUAGUCAGAAGCUUUGCCUCGUCUCCAAAAGGCAGCAACUCUAAUUUGUGCUGUGGCUGCGACGGUCAAUCUCAAUUUUCGUUCCAUACGACUGGCGUACUACUGCUUUUCUUCCCAUGGACUUAGUCCUCCCGAAACGUCACACGCAUUUGGCCUAAUUGAUUUUCGUAAAUUGUUAUACUUCUUCGUUCUUCGAAAUGAAGACCGGUUUCUCUUGCUCUUCCACAGUUUCUCUUUCGGCAAAAAUCAAAGGUACUGGGGCACCAGAAACCCGAAUUGUGCGAGCGGUGUGUUUGCCCUGACCGACGAAGAGGUUGCGUUUCAUCCGGCAAAUUACAAAACCACGCUCGCUCCUUCCGCCAGCACUGCUGCUGGCAAGGCGAAGAAAAAAGGGAAGGCAGCAGCGAAGGAGGCAUCAACUACCUGCGACCUGAAAAAGAGUCCCUACGCGACUUGCGAGGAAGAUCUCAGGACCGAGGCGGCAAAGCGUAAUUCUGAUUCAUGGGGUUGAUCUUGAGACGUGUUUUGCUUUGCAAGAUAUUACUUUUGUUGUGACGUCAGUUUGCAGCCUGUUUUCCUCGUAAGCCUUUCGAUACAAAAAUGAAAAAUAAUAUCAGGUUACAGCUACCGCGACGAAUGGGAUCUGCUGCAAGACAAGUACCGAAGCGAAAAUAAAGCGAAACUCGAAAAUGCCAGCAGUGACAAACCGCGACGAGAGAAGAAAGCACAGAAAAAUCGUGCGGCAGAAGCGCAAAAAGCAUCGGGAUCAAAAGCUGGUGCUGGUGCCGCAUCGAUGAAGCAAGUCGAGGAAGAUGCCACCACAGGACCUUCUGACACCAGCAACCAACACGACGAGGACCAAACAAGCGAAAAAGAUGAGCUCGUGGAGAAAGAAAAAAAGACCUGUGACGACCACCAGCGAAAGAAAACGUCAACUUCCGGAAAACCGCAGACGUCGGGCAAGGAAUGCAGGAAAGACGAAGCUGGUGCAUCAACUCCAGAGUCCGAAAACCCGGUCGCGGAAAAGAACGCAAGCUCGUCCCCGAAAGCAGCGGAACAAGAAAAGAAGUUGUUUGGAACGGUCACGGUGCAGUACGCACCACCCUGGCAGCAGCAGGCCGGGGUCGUGAGUGCUAGUGCAAAAACUUUUGUUCCUGGGCUGGGUUCUUCUGUGGUGCAAAGCGUAGUUUCCGGCCCCAGUGCAGCAGUCCUCGGCAGCCAGUUGUCCGAAACAGAUUGGCCUGGGGAGCAGCAACAAAUGUCUGACCCGAGUGUCACGGGUCCGGUGGUGAGUCGGUUUUCUUCCUCCGCGGCCUGCUUCGUUCCGCAGCAGCAACAACAGCAGCAGCAAGCGCUCGUUUUCAACAACAUGCUCGCCUGCAAUCCAGCGUUGCAGCAACAGUUGGUACUCCCAUCGGCAAAUCAUACCACCGAGAGUGGUGCGGUUCUUGAUCAAAGUGCGUCCUCUCACCUGUCAGCAGGGAUGAGCAGUCCGCAGGAGGCGGUCGGAGAAGCAAAUGUAGGGCAAUCGGAUGCGCAGCAACAGCUUAUAGUUGGUGAGGCGCCACAUAAUUCGUGUGUGACAACUACAAGCAUGAACGAAGCCGGCGGGUGCAUGUCGACCAACCAAGUGCAGGAACCGGAGCCGGACACUGGUGACAUGACGCUUGUGCCUCUAGACGAGGAGGCCGUGCCGCUCUGCGACUUUUACGGUAAAGCCAUCACAUCGAGCGACCUCUACCAGCUGCCCAACCGGAAGAUCGUGGCCCGCUGCGGGGCGGACGGCGUGUUUUACCACAUAAACGAGGUUAUCAUGCAUUCGAAGAAAGUGCAGGCCCAGCAGCAACAGCAGGCGGCGUUGGCGGGCGGGAUCAAGAACGCCGCCGCGUCGACGGCGUCUAGUUCAAAUGGACACAACCAACAAAUGCAGCAGACACAGGGCAGUUCUCUCUGGGCGCCACCACCGGGCGCCGACAAUGGGGCAAGUGGCAAGCAGGCGAUCCGUGUGAAACGGUUCAACGCUCCGCAAGCGGAUCACCAAGACAGUGGCAAUCAUGGCGGCAGCUCAGCCUGGGCUGCUUCUUCGUCUUCUGCAUACAAGGGCGCGAAGGGUAGUGGUAGUAGCAGAGCUAACAGCAGUGCUGCUGAAGACCACCAGUUCUACAGCAAUAACGGAUUAUCGGCGAAGACUGCGAAAGGUUUCCAAAACGGCACUAAUUCGAACAAGGAGGUGCGUCCCGCUGGCGAAGAAAGCGAGAACAGCAGCAAUUCCUCCGGAAAUGCAGUGCACGGUGACAAAAAUGCGAACUCUUCAAACGCCGCGAUCAAGGGGGCAGGCAUCAAAGGCUCGUCGUCGUACGCCGGGUCUUACAACCAUUAUCCCGGUGUCAAAGGCAUGCAGAACUUCGGCACUGUCGGCGGAUUCUACAAAGGCGGGCCGAAAGGAGGCAAGGGAAAGGGGAAAGGAAAAGGAAAAUACGGCGGUUACUAUUCCUAUAACCAGUACAGUUACGGACUUUAUCAUCCGAGCGCUUCUGCGACGUCGGGCAAUUGGCGAGACGGUUUUCAUCGCCUCAGGAGCGAUUCCAAGGAGAGGGAGCAAGCAGCCGCUGCUGAAGGCGAGGAGCUACGAUCAGAAAAACUCCCAGCAGAACUGUCAAAAGAGGACGAAAAUAAAGAAAACGACGGGGACAGUGCGGCGGUCGCAACGUCGAAUGUUGUCAACAGAGAAAGCAAGGGCAACAGUGCAAGCAAAGGCGGUACCGUCCAUUCGCGAGUUUCGACCGCGGGAGCAAAGCCGGCCAAAACUUCGAGAGGAAAAGAAGACACUGUUAAAGAAGAAGCAGCUAGUACGCGGGAGCGCGCCACCAGCGCUGCUGGUCGAACUUCGUCGACCAACGAGGACUGCGAUGUAUCGCCCGUUGAGGCAAAAACAGCGGCUGCCGAGCAGGGAGAUGGAAAAACAGGAACCAAGCCGACAUUAGCUUUGAAGACUGCCGGCGAGCAGCCGGGGAGUAGCGGUGGUAAGGAAGCAUGUGGAGAGGCGAAAGGCACAAGUGCAACAGUUGCAUCCGCUGGUCCCCAGUAUGGUUACAGGUCGCACCCCAAGGGAAGUGGCAAGGGAAGCCGGUUUUUCGUGCCUGUUUCGGGAAGUCACAACCCGAACCGUGCGGAGGAAUCUGACAAUUGGCGGUCGCGAAGGGAGUCUGAAGAUGGUACGAAUUUUUUUUGAUAGUAUGUUUGUCAGCGAUGCGCAAAGAGGUAGAGGACCUAGUCCAACAAUCUGUGUCUAUAUCCGCAACUAAUAUUCAUCAGUACAACAUUCGUGAAGUAGUCUCUUCUACCUUCAGGUCAAGACCUCCCCUGGGCCGCUCCCGAGUGGACUAGCAAGAAGCGGGCAUAUUCGAAGGGCGAGGAAACCAUCACUGCACGGCCUGACCGCGCUCGCGCUGAGACGUGGCACCACACGUUUCAGCAAAGUGGUCCAGCGACGUCUUACAGUGGCACUACCCCAACGAGCUGUCCCUACGGCAGUACAAACUAUGGCCGCCACCCAGUGCAAUUCCACUCCGCACCUUCACAUGCAGCGUCAGCGUACUCGUGGCAAUUCAACAUAGGCGCUGAGGCGGUGCCGUCCACGCUAUACAUUAACGGUUUGGACGCGGAACUCACUAGAGACGGCUUCGCCAAAAAGCUGACCGACCUGGGCUAUGGGGACAUGUACGACUUCCUGUUCCUGACGAGGAAUAUGGUAUAGCGAGUGUUUAUUUUCAGCAAGUGCACACUGUGGCUGUUGCAUUAGCAUUUCGCCAUGAAAAGGAACAAAAUGCAAACUUUCUUUCGUAGACGCGUGUGGACACUGUAUUUCGUGCGGGUAUUUUUUCUUCCGGACAAUCAAUAUAUGCGAAAAGCGAAACCAAAAAGCAAACUUAGAAGACUAAAAAAAAUUACAUCUACUUACCAAUCGAUCGCUUUACAACAGUUGACGGGCAACAUGACUGCUUUUGUGAACUUUCUGACUCCAGCGGCGGCGGACAGUUUCUGGCACCGUAUUGGCGCGGAAAGUAGCGAACCACCCUACGUGACGUACGCCAAAAGACAGGGCCUCUGGACAAAUCUGGAGUCUUUCCUUUCGUACCGCGAGCAUCACGCGCUCCGAUCGAGGGAGACGAAAGAAGAGCCCCCCGUCUGGGUAUUUUGCGACCUGAAUGCGCAACUCGUGAGGCAGAUCGAGGUCGCUUGCGGGGAAAAGUGGGGACAGAAGUGGAAGGACGACCUGCUGAUUCGCGACCUGCGGGGGAAAAAAGGUAAUUUGGCCUCGAAUAAGAGCAGUACAACGACAGGGACGGUUGGCACUAGUAGUAGCUGUGUUAAAAAUACCACGUCAGCAUCAUCUAGUAAGCCCAAUGUGGUGCCGGCUCCCACGGCUGCUGGAGCAGGAGCGGCGACAUCCUGUUCUACUGUUGCUUCAGCGAAGACAGAGUCGUCCGUCCCGACCCCGCCGCCACCACCUCCUCGGCCCGUUCUGCUGCAGCAAGAGCGGCAAGAGCCGAAACUAAGAGGAAGGAACGGCAAAACUGGGAAGGAAUUAUUAAGCAGUAAAGGCGCAACGCCAAAGAGCAAUGGGGCUGCGUCGCAGGACCAGGGGGGAAGUGUAGUGCAAUCGAAAAUCAAUUCGAGCAGUGGUGUUGCUGCUGGCCCUGGCGCGACGGGGACAUCACGGAAAAGAGACAACGCGGCUGUAGCAACCGACGACGCGACGGAGGAUCGUGCAAAGAACUCACCAUCUUCGUCAGUACCGGCAGCUGGCACAAGUUCAAAGCCGGGUGCGCUGCAUGUUCCGUUCCCUUCGAAGGCGGCUACCUCCUCCGCAGCGACCUGUUGCCCAACAGCGGGAGGCGACGCGGGCUCCCCUGCGGGAUCGCCGGCAGAAGAAGCGUCGGAUCACGACACCUGCUCGAGAAAAUCGGAAGCAGACGUAGACAACAACGGCACCAGCGUGGUACGCGACAGCUUCCUCCAGAUCACACCCCCGGGCUCUGCAGCUCUGGAAGCGUCCCCGAAAACAAAUUCGCCCACCGCGAAUAAGGGAAAGAAGAAACCCUCCUGGUACGAACUAACCGAGGGCGACGCCGCGACCGCAACCGACUGA